AUGGUGGUCCCGGAGCACCGGGAAGGGGCCCAGCUGCCAUCGCGCUGCGAGUGCCGGGACGGACAGAACCCGCCCCCCGUGUGUGACACAGCACAAACGGCCUCUUCCUUCUGCUACAGGAGAGAGAAAGUUAAAGUGUUGGGGGGCACUAGCUGCCAGCCAGGGGAGCGGUGGACACAGCAGCGAGUGACAGCCAGUGCACAUGGCUGGGGACACCGGGAUGGCCGGGAAGCCCAGACCCUCGGCCUCGCUGGUGCCCAGACCACCCAGCUCCUGGUGGAGCCCCCCUGGAGGCCGGCGGUGCUGUGGGACCGGGUGACACUGACCUGCCAGGGCUCAGGGACUGCCGGUGCCACCACCUGGUACAAGGACGGGCAGCGCUGGCAGCAGGACGGGCAGGACCGCCUCACUGUCACUGAGAGAGGCACCUAUACGUGUGACAGACCCGGCACCGGGCACAGCCCCCCCGUGAGAGUCUUAGAUGCCCCAUUGGUGCUGCAGGUGCCGAUGCGGGCACUGCUGGAGGGGGACACGGUGACACUGCGCUGCCGGCGCUGGCGGGACAACCCGAUCAGCUCAGUGUCCAUCUACCACGAGGAGAAGAAACUGCAGGAGCUCCGCGAUAGGACCGAGCUGUCCCUGUCCCCUUUGCACCUGCAACACAGUGGCCGCUACAGUUGCGGGGGCUGGGUGAAAUCCACGGUAUCACGGGGAUGGGAGAAGUCGGCAGCAGUGACAGUGACAGUGCACGAGCUCUUCUCUGUGCCGGUGCUGGAGGGUCCCCCCGAGCCCACCCUGGGGUCCCCCCUGACUCUCAGCUGCCUCAGCACCCGCAGCCCCCUGCGGCCCCGAGCCCCCCUCCUGCACGUGUUCUACCGGGACGGGCAGGUGGUAGGGGGCCCGCAGGGGUCCCCGCAGCUGCUGGUGCCCACCGUGGGGGUCUCCCACUCGGGGAAUUACAGCUGCCAGGUGCACUCUGAGAGGGGGGCCGUGAGGAAGAGCAGCGCCUGGCUCCGCGUCACAGUGCGCAGGGUUCCACUCUCGGGGGUGUCCCUGUCAGCACAGCCUGUGCUGAGCUGCACGGCGGCCACAGGCACAGGUCACCUGUCCAUUUCCUGGUACCUGGGAGGGCUCAGGGGCACCGCUUGACACUGGCCCCGCCUGGAGCUGCACUACACUGGGGACAAGGGCAACGGCCACUACCAGUGCGGGGACAGCGUGUCCCUCUGAAUCCCUGUCUGUGUCCCUGCAGUGCCCGUGGCCAAUGCCACCAUCACCCUCAGUCUCCUGUCAUAUCAAGUGCGUGCAGGUGACCCCGUGACCCUGCACUGCUCGGUGAAAGUGGGCUCAGCCCCUGUCACCUUCACUUGGCUGCACAAUGGGCAGGAGGUGGCCCAAGGUCCCCUCCUGGAGCUUGUGGCUGUCGAUGUGCGACAUUCGGGCACCUACCAGUGCAUGGUCACCAACCAGCUGGAGAGGUACCAGGCACUCAGCCCAGAGCUGGCCCUGGAAGUGACAACACAGGAACAGGGCACAGCAAUGGCUGCAUUGGUCUUUGGGUCCCUCCUGUUCCUACUUCUGCUCCUGGCUGUCAUCGGAGGCUGGCGCUGGUGGCACCACCUGGCCCUCAGGAAACAGCAGGAAAGGGGCCCCCCAGGGCCCUCGGCCCCUCCAGAGGCAGGGGAGGUGCUGUACAGCCAGGUCGUGCGAACCAAGAAGGCAGGGGUGCCCCCCUGUGCCACAUCCCCCCACGUGACCAAUGCAGAGCUGCCAGGACCCCAUGGGCAACAGCAGGACUCCAGUGACAUCUACGAGAACAUGCUGUGACACUCUGGGCACUGGGGGCACUGGAGGUCCCUGCCUGAGGGCACCUCCCACUGUGUGUCCUCCCCCCAGUUCCCGUGGAUGCCCACCGUGCCAUGAGGGGGUGGCCACGAGUGUGGGGUCCCAUAUGGGGCUGCCCAGAGCUCCCCGUUCCAGUGCUCCCAGUGCUCCCAGUAUCCCCAGGAGCUCCCCAUUCCAUCCCCCAGUGCCAGGAGGCACAGCAUCCCUGUCCCUCUUAUUGGACCCAAAAUGCAGCUUUUUGAUUAAACCAGGAGAAAUGGUUUUUGUUUUCAGCUCUGCCCUGUUUGGCUCAGGAAGGAGGGACCCGGUCUGGUUGUUGCACAGAUCAGUGUGGGAUUUGCAGGAUUUUUGGGGCUCUGUCUUGGCUUGAAAAGGCAGGUGUCUGUUAAGGAAGGCAGGAACUUCUCUGGAAAUGGAAAAUAUAAACCCCUUCCCUCUGAAUUAUUAAAUUUUUGGAAUCAAGGGGCUCUCAGGUAAAGAUAUGGGAGUAGGAAUAACAGUCCUUUAAUAGGGAAAUGUAAAAAUAAAAAUAAAAAUUGUUAUAGAUGAAUAAUGAGAUGAUUGGGUCUAACAAUUAAGGAAUGAAUAUUGUGUGAAUAUUAAGAGAAGCUUUAUUGAUGUAUAGUUAUGUUAUUGUGGUUUAUUGUUUAGAUGUCCUCUGUUCUCCUCACAGUCCCCUUUCCCCAUCCUCUGCGUUGUCGCCACUGGACAGCCUGGGUUAUUUAGGACAGGUA